AUGACCGUGCCCAAGCUCACAGGACGUGAUCUCUUCAAUGCCAUCGGGCAACCGAAAACCAUUGUGGCGCCUAUGGUAGACCAGCUGGAGCUCGCAUGGCGCAUAUUGCUGAGACGGUAUGGUGCGCAGCUUUGUUAUACUCCAAUGUUCCAUGCUAAACUUUUCGCCACGGACGAAAAUUACCGUCGCAAAAUGUGGUCGCCGUGGGAUGGCGGCGAUAAAGAUCGCCCGUUGAUUGUGCAGUUCUGUGCAAACGAUCCCGAAUAUUUGCUCCAGGCCGCCCAGCACAUCGAAACACAGUGCGAUGCCGUAGACUUGAACUUGGGAUGCCCCCAGGGAAUUGCCCGCAAGGGCAACUACGGUGCGUUUUUGAUGGACGACUGGGACCUUGUGUACAAGUUGAUUCGCAAGCUUCACGAGAACUUGAAGUGCCCCGUGACGGCGAAGAUCAGAGUCUACGACGACUGGGAGAAGACGCUUGAGUAUGCCAGAAUGGUGCUUAGUGCUGGGGCACAAUUUAUCACCGUCCAUGGCAGGACACGUGAGAUGAAGGGCCAGGCCACGGGCUUGGCCAACUGGAAAGUCUUGCGCUACUUGCGCGAAAACUUGCCGAAGGACCAGGUCUUUUUUGCCAACGGAAAUAUUCUCUACCCGUCGGACUUGGCCCGGUGCAUGUCUGAGGUACAGUGCGAUGCCGUGAUGUCUGCAGAAGGCAAUUUGUACAAUCCAGGUGUGUUUUGGACGGAAAACGCAGACAACGACAAAGUGUUUGCGCGUGUGGACAAGAUGCUUCGCGAGUAUUUCGAGAUUGUGAAGUCGUGUCCUGGGGAGGCCUCCCGUGUGGCAAUGAAGGCCCAUUUUUUCAAGCUAUUGCAUGCUUUCUUGCGUGUGCAUACCGAGCUACGCCCGGUGAUUGGCAAGACCAGCGUGCAUGCCGAUUUCGAGGUAUGGGAGUCGAUUGUUGAGAAGGUCGAAAAGAUCGUGGAGGAAAUAUACGCAAAGCCGGACAUCCAGGAACUCGACGUCAUCACGGAAAGCGAGCUCCAGCCAUGGGGCGGCAAGUACAAGAAUGUGCCUUACUGGAGAUGCCAGCCAUACUUCCGUGUUGUGAAUGGCGAGAAGCAGAACGCCCGGACACUCAAAGUGGCUGCCAGCGACGAGGUGUCGGAAAACACUGGUGGCAAGCCUCAACAGGAGGAUGAGAAAAAGCGGGCCGCAGACGACGAGGCGGGCGCAGAGGCAAAGAGAGCCAAGGAGACGGAACAAGGGGUCUAA